GCACCCAGGAGAUACGAACUGUAUCAAGGAUCCGUCGGUGCAUCAUCCCCCCCCUUUUUUUUUGCACAAAUGCACCUGUUACCAAAGGUUCAGGGCUCCUCCACAAGCGCAGUUCCAAAUUCAUGAAAUGUCAUUUUUUUGGCUAAAAUAAGUGGAUUUGGAUGGAGCAAAUUUCACGCGAUGAGAUAUUUCUUGAUGAUCUGAAUGGCGGUGGCAAAUAACGAGGUUAUGAAGCCUCAGGAGGGAGAGCUUGUCAGUGAAAUCUCCAAGGCUGUGGAAACACUUUUCCUUUCUGAGGACAAUGGCCACCUACACAUCCAGCUCCAGGGCCUGGUAUCAGAGCUGAAGGUGGGCUUCUCCAGUGCUCUGUAUGAGCUGAGUCAGAUCCAGCAUGGAGACAGUGAUAUCAGGGAAGAGGUGGGAGAAGCCCGGAGGAGCUGUGAGAGAAAGGCCCUGCGCAUGGAGACCCUGGUUGAAUCUCUCAGGGAUGAACUGGGAGAGAUGCGUUGCCAGAUCCUGCAUCUCUGUGGCAGCAACAGGCAGAGGUCUCCUAUACAGCAGGAGGUAAAGGUGACACAAUCAGCUCUGGCAACCCAGAGAGACAGUAAUACAGGUCUUGUGGUGAAUGGGAGGAGCCACUGUGAGUGCAGUGCCAGCAGCAGCGCAUCGUCGUCAUGGAAUCGGGGCCGAGUCCUGCUCCACUGCUACCUGCAGGGGCUCAAGGCAGGGAUGUGUGAGGGGACAGAUGCAAGGCAACAAGUGACGAUGCAACUUCUCCACUCAGAAUGGGAAUACGUGUCGACCUUAAACCAGCUCUACGACAAGUACAGAACACCUCCUGCUCUGCAGAAGGACCUGGAGCCAUAUCAGAAUUACCUGAAGUUUGUGGAGGAGUUGCUGCAGCGCCACCUUCUGUUCAGAAACACUCUGGAGCAGAGGUUGUCUGCUCACGACUGGAAAGGCCUUGUGGGAGACAUCUUCGUCCAACUCGUAGGCCACAAUGAUUCAUCUUUCUUGGACAUAUACCAUGGAUACACGACAGCGCUGGCCACGUUUCUUUCUAUAGAAUUCAACAGAAUAAUGCUCAAUGGGAAAAUACAAAACACACAGAGCUAUACGAAGGAAAGAGAGGAAGUCCAACUGUUUUCUCUGCUGUUGGCACCAGUCUCUCGAAUCCACAGUUACCUAACCCUUAUUCAGAGUCUGUUGCAGUGGACUGACAGCGAUCACCCAGACUGCAGCCUCCUCCAGGGGUCAGAGAGGGUCCUGAGGAGCAUCCUUUCCCGCUGUCACCUCAUCCUGGAGGAAGACGUCCGAUGGGGAGACGGAGGAAGAAUGGCCGGGCCCAGUGGCAGCUGCUCUGCCUGUCCCUGUGCCAAGUCGUGCGAUCGCAGAAGCCAGCUCUGCCCUGCCACGGACACACAGAAACACAGACAGGAGUCCCGUGAUGCUGCUGGGAAACGAGAAGAACAACCACUAAGCACACGUCUAUCUAACUGUGCCGCUGGCUGCCAGAGCAUGCCUGUUGCCUGUUGGCCUACCGGUACUGUACGGAAGAAGAGAUGUUACAGAGACAGGACAGGGGGGACCCUUCAGUCUCAUCUCCAUGACUCCUGUGGCCUGGCUGGACUGGUCUACGGCGGGGACAUCAGCGCCUUCCUCCAUACGGCACCCCCUGGGUGGGGGGACAGCGACUCUGGACAGGAGUCUCCUAGCCAGGCUACGGGGGUUAUGGGACAAGGACAUGGACCCCAGACCCCUGGUCCUCACAUGGUUCAGAGAAGCACUGAUGACUGUGACACGGAGGAGGACGUCGGGGACACCUCCGUGUUCGACUACUCCUCUGUCACCACCUGUAGCCCAGACGGGACCCUGAGGAGGGAGGGGGAAGCGAGUAAUACCGAGGAGGAGGAAGAGGACACAGACAGUCAGGUGCCUGUUCUGUUGAAGCCCUCGUACACACAGCAGCAGCUGAGGGAUUCACCCAGAGAACGGACGGUAUGUCUGAGGUGGCAGAUACCCAGGCUGCCAUACCCUUCUUCUCGAAGUCCUCGACACCAGGCAGGUCCAGCGGGCCCGGAGGGACAGGGUCAGGCACCAGGGCCAGCGGGACCCUAUGGGAACAGAGUCAUCAGCGUGACUAAGGGACCACCUCCUCUCCUCCCUACCAGUGUCUUCAGACCCAUCUGGGAUGAACCACCGAAACAGGAAGAUGCAGCGCCAGUAAAGGAGAAUACACCUCAAGGCUUCAGACCGGUUCAAGCCACUGAGAGGCAGACAUUUCCUAACUUCAAAAAGCUAAGGUUCCAAACCCAGCCGAGAGUUGGCCACGUCCAGGCAGGAGCCAUGGGAGGUGUUGCAGUGUGGGAUGAGAGCGAGGAGGACAGUGAGGGGCCCUGCAGCACUGUAUGAGAGAGGGAAACUGUCUGUGAGACCAACCUAGAAGUCUGCAGCACUAUUUGAGAGAUCAACCGACAAAGACUACAGCACUGUGUGAGAUAUAGACCAUCUGAAAGACUGUCUGACAGACUGACCCAGAGGACUACAGCACUGUGGGACACCAUCCGAGCAAUCAGCACAGCAACCAAAUCUCUUGCAUUCUGGCUACUUGAUUAGCAUCUAUGGUCUGUCACGAGACCAACCCAGAGGACCAACAGCACUGUGGGAGAGAAACCAGCAUUUCAGAAACCAACCCAUGAGGUCUGCAGUACUGUGUGAGAGAGAAAGAGAGAGACUUUGUACUGCGUGUGUGUGUGUGUGAGAGAGAGGUACUCUGUUCUGUGUGAGAGAGAGAAAGAGAGAGACUCUGUACUGUGUGAGAGAGAAAGAGAGACUGUACUGUGUGUGUGAUAGAGAGAAUGUGUACUGUGUGUGUGAUAGAGAGACUGUACUGUGUGUGUG